AUGGAAAUGAAAGAUGUUGCCCUGAAAGCUGUCCUUCAGAAACCAUCAUUUAAAUCCAAAUGUAAGCAACAUAGUGAAUGCGUACGAAGACGGUUCAAUUUGUGGAAAUUGGGAGAUUUUAAUGGUUUGUUAAAAGAGUGCAGAGCAAUUCAAUCUCGACUCCAAUCAACGUGGAAGCCAAGAUCGCCUGAACACGUCUCUCGUAUGUUUGCUAACUUAAUGCUUUCUGGUAAAGUCAACGCUGCCAUGAGAUUACUGGAUGACAAUUCAACGUCUGGCGUUCUUCAGUUAUCAGAGGUUACAUUACGAGGACUGAAAUCAAAACUUCCUGAACCUAUGGAAGCAGAUAAAGAAAUAUUAAUCACAGGACAGGUACCAUUUGUUGAUCCAGAAGCUUACGUAGAAGCUUACGUAGCAUGUCGUUUGAUACCGCUUGACAAAUGCCCGGGCGUGAGGCCUAUUGGUAUUGGCGAAGUCAUCAGACACAUAAUUGGAAAGUCGAUCAUCUCUGUCAUCAAACCUGAUAUUUUAAUGAGUACUGGAUCACUUCAACUUGCAGCUGGUUUACCAUCGGGAUGUGAGGCAGCAGCCCAUGCCAUGGAGGAGAUUUUCCAAGAAGAUGAAACUGACGCCUCACGGCGGAUGUUGAACGUGUAA